CCGCCAGCCUCGGGGCCUGGGCCAAAGGCUGGGACUUUACUCCGGUGGCUGCGGUGGUAAACGAGUCGAGUCAGAGCUCCAUCAGCUGCCGCAGGCGCCGCGCCCCAAGUCUGAGCCACGAUGAGCGGCAGAGUCGGUGACCUGAGCCCCAAACAGGAGGAGGCAUUGGCCAAGUUUCGAGAAAACGUCCAGGACGUGUUGCCCACCCUGCCCAAUCCAGAUGACUACUUUCUCCUUCGAUGGCUCCGAGCCCGAAGCUUUGACCUGCAGAAGUCAGAGGCCAUGCUCCGGAAGCAUGUGGAAUUUCGGAAGCAAAAGGACAUUGACAACAUCAUCAGCUGGCAGCCCCCAGAGGUGAUCCAACAGUAUCUGUCAGGCGGCAGGUGUGGCUAUGACUUGGAUGGCUGCCCUGUCUGGUAUGACAUCAUUGGGCCUCUGGAUGCCAAGGGUCUGCUAUUCUCCGCCUCCAAGCAGGACCUGCUCAGGACCAAGAUGAGGGACUGUGAGCUGCUACUGCAGGAGUGUGCCCACCAGACCACAAAGCUAGGGAAGAAGAUAGAGACCAUCACCAUGAUUUAUGACUGUGAGGGCCUCGGCCUCAAGCACCUCUGGAAGCCUGCAGUGGAGGCCUACGGAGAGUUUCUCUCCAUGUUUGAAGAAAAUUACCCUGAAACACUGAAGCGUCUGUUUGUUGUUAAAGCCCCCAAGUUGUUUCCUGUGGCUUAUAACCUCAUCAAGCCCUUCCUAAGUGAGGACACUCGUAAGAAGAUUAUGGUCCUGGGGGCAAACUGGAAGGAAGUUUUACUCAAAUAUAUCAGCCCCGAACAGUUACCUGUGGAGUACGGAGGCACUAUGACUGACCCUGAUGGAAACCCCAAGUGUAAAUCCAAGAUCAACUAUGGGGGUGACAUCCCCAAGCAAUAUUACGUGCGAGACCAGGUGAAGCAGCAGUAUGAGCACAGUGUGCAGAUUUCCCGAGGCUCCUCCCACCAAGUGGAGUAUGAGAUCCUUUUCCCGGGCUGUGUCCUCAGGUGGCAGUUUAUGUCAGAGGGAUCAGACGUGGGUUUUGGGAUUUUCCUGAAGACCAAGAUGGGGGAACGGCAGCGAGCAGGGGAGAUGACUGAGGUGCUGCCCAACCAGAGAUACAAUUCCCACAUGGUCCCCGAGGACGGGACUCUCACCUGCAGUGAUCCAGGCAUCUAUGUGCUGCGCUUUGACAACACCUACAGCUUCAUCCACGCCAAGAAGGUCAGCUUCACUGUGGAGGUCCUGCUUCCAGACAAAGCAGCGGAGGAGAAGAUGAACCAGCAGGGGGCAGUCACCCCCAAAUAACAGCUCCUCCUGCAGCAGGCCUGCGCCUCAGUGUCUUCCUGUCAGUUUCUUUGUAGUAGUCACUUUCCUACAACCUAGUAGCCCGAAGAAACUGAGCUGGAGGGAGGACUUCAAACUGGACAGGAGACGCCCAUCCAGAAUCCAAAGAGCGCAGGCGGCUAGCGUGGGCCCUUGUCUCUAGAGACCGGCUGUAACCAUGUCUACCCCGAGACCUGCCAACCUCACCUGCCCCGUGACAGCUGAGACGGGGGGUGGGGGGGUGGGACACAGGAUGGCAGCAGAAAUUGAGAUGUCACUCUCAGGGAAGCAGACACUUGCUCCUAAAUGAACGUGGAACAAACCUCCACGGUCGUAAUGACGGUUGCAAGGGAGCAGGCUGGUAGGUGAUGGGAAUCCAGAGCUCUUCCAAACUUUUUGUAAAAGGCUUGAGUAUCUCCCCGCCCCUCAAUCUCGGGGGCGGCACAAGUCUGCACUGGAAGGCAACGGGGGUCUCUCUCUCUCCCCCUUGAGAACCUCACCAACUCCUGGGCCCCACUGGCUGCCUGUUUAAUUACUAACGGUUGCCAGCGACCCCGAGUUUUGUGGGACUUUGGUACCUAGCCACUGUUGUCCAGUGAAAAGGAGAAGCCUUCCAAAAGCACAAGGGUAAUGAAUUACCUUCGGGGAUCACAGAUCCUCUAAGCAAGCCUCCACUUGAUCAACCCUACACCAAGGGUACAAGUGGGAGUGAGACAGCGCACAGAGGGCAUUUCCCAGGCGGAGUCUCCCACAGUGCCUGAGAACCCGUCUCCUGGCAGGCCCUCUUCUGCGGAGGCGUGUAACGCAGCAGUGGGCUCCUCGUCCUGUGAAUGCAGGCAGCCAGGGAGGGAAAGUGGCCUGGCAAGCAUCUGAGUCAGGGGCAAGGGGCGAGCACAGGCGGCCUUGCAAUAGCAGCUCUUGACCCUACACAACUUGCGAGCAAACGCCAGGUUACGGAACUGGGCCCCGGGCCCUUCCGGGGACCCCCUUUCUCCUCGGAGACCCCAGCCCAGCCUGAGGACUUGUUUCACCAAGCAGAGGAAGCUCUGGGCAGGUGCAGCGCCAGCGACCAGAGGGCCGAGGCUACCCAGGAUCUAGUCACGUAUCUCAGGAGCAUUUCCUGCCCGUGGUUUACAAUGCUGUUAGGUACAUUAACCAAUGAAUAAAGCAAUUUUCAAAGCAAA